AUGCAACGAAACCUUGGAAUGAAAAAGCAAGGCGCAAAGCCGUGGCGCGGCAACUUAAUAGGAGCUGUCCCCCUAAAAUCAGAGAGCACCACGUCCCAAACAACAUCUAUAACAUCACAUACUUUCCGGGAACUCUUUCCUCGCGCUCGACCGUUCUAUCUAGCCGAAGGCGGUGCGAAUAUAGUCUACAAGUUUACGACACAAAAUGAGCAUGCUCCCUCAAUUACGACAAAUGGGGGUGGUCAACAGCGCGAUAACAGGAAAUUGCUGCGGUUGCGGAAGCAAAUCAAGUCUGCGACUUCUUACGCAGACACUGUGAAUAACUUUGAUAGCUACAUAAAACCUAUGUUUGACAACCACGAAUUGGUUGACCAGGAACUUGUCAGACUACCAAAAGGAUUCAUAGCAUACUGCAAUAAACAGCUUCGUGUGGAUGAAGCUCGCAAUUUGCGCCCGAAAGAACGCUAUGGUGUUUAUUUAUCCACCAAGGAGCCCUUCGGUUUAAUGAUCACUGACAUGACCCCAGUCACAGGGUCAGGAGGAUGCUUGUGGGAAUUCAAACCAAAGUGGCUGCUUCAGUCGCCAUCAGCGCCGCCCGAUGCAAAGAGAUGCAGGACUUGUGCGUUACGAGAGAUGAAAAACUUCAACGCACGAAACGCUGGCAAUUCUGAAAAGCAAUCAUUCUGCCCGCUUGAUUUGGUUUCGGAUAACUUUGAAGAUGUAUUACGUGCGACACGGUUUAUCCGUGGAGGUCACGGGAGAAAGCGUGUCGCCGCGUUCUUGCAUCGAAAUAGCACCCUGCUUAGACUGCAAGAGUGUCAGCGCCAAAUGAAUGCAGUAGGCCUUCCUGGUUUACAAGCAAAUUUUCGGGAGCGUGCUAUUUCCAUGACGCUGAGGGAUUGCACCAUGUUUGUUAAGGUUCCACUCGACGAACUUCAACCACUCGAAGCGCGCUUGGGAGAUCUUGAUUUCAAGAGUGGAAUCGGCGGGAAACUGCAGUAUUGGCGAGAGACGGAAAGUCGACUCAUUGAAGACGGGUGGUAUAGCGCCACUCAUCCGGACCAAAAAUCUAGCGAAUGCUCGUUACAGGGUUCGCGAGCUGACUUCCCUACGUUUGCGGAGAGGGAAACAUAA